AUGAAGUACUUUUCGCUCGUCGCUGUCAUCGCCCUGGCCGUCUCUGUCUCUGCUGCUAGCCAGAACCAACAGAGUAACAGGAACAACAACGUCUUCAAUGGAAACCGAGGGGGCUUCGGAAACUUCAACAAUGGAUUUUUCGGAGGUCAGCAAUUUGGAGGGAACAACGGAAGGAAUGGGCAAAACAACAAAAACCAAAACAACAACAAUAAGUUCGGCAACAAUGGUAACAACAAGAAUCUGAGCUCCAACAACGGCAAGGGAGCAAACACAGGAAACAACGGCAAGAACAACGCAGGCGCUGCUUCAUCCGCUGCUGCUGCGACUUCCACGGCGGCCGCUGCCAACACCGCCGCUGCUGCUUCAACUGCCGCUGCUGCCGCUAACACUGCUGCUGCCGCCAGCAGUAGCGACCCUCAAUCAUCGACGACUUUGGACCCUAAAGUUAUCGCCACGGGUUUCGAGAAUGACGGCCAAGAUGUUCCCACUGCCGGACAGGUCGCUUCAUUAACAUCGUCAAAUAACUUCAUCAACUUCUGCUUGACGGUCCCCAAUCUGCCCAUCACGAACGGAAAGCAGAUUACUACGGGAUCCUGUAACCCAGCUCCCAUGGGUGUCAUUCCUUCCACAGAUAACAUGCCAUCGGCCAAGUUCCAGAUACCUAAGAACGGAGAUAGUUUCACUGAGAACUCUCCCUUCACGAUCACAAUGGCAGUUCGAAACUUCCAGACCGGUGCAUUCGUCAACGCAGAGGAGAACUACUUCGCUGCGCCCCAACAGGUUAACUCGGGAGGCCAGAUCAUCGGUCACUCGCACGUCGUCGUCGAGCAGCUCGACGCUCUUGACCAAACCACACCCACAGACCCCAAGAAGUUCGUUUUCUUCAAGGGUUUGAACGCCCCUGCUGAUGCGAACGGUCUUUUGACCGCCGAUGUCACGAGUGGUCUGCCUGCUGGGUUCUAUAGGCUUGCUUCCAUUAACACAGCCGCCAACCAUCAACCUGUCUUGGUGCCCAUCGCUCAACACGGUUCUCUCGAUGAUGCCGUCUACUUCACUGUCACUGCAGGCAAUGCCAGCGCUGCUCAGGCAAGCGCAGCUGCUGCCGGCGUUGCCUCUUCAGCCGCUCCCGCUGCUACAGCUGCGUCGGCCAAGAGUGCAGUUGCUGCUCCAGGAGCCAAGGUCGUUGCACCUGCCAAAGUCGCCAACCCCAAGGCUGCAGCCAACAACAAGGGCAACCAGCAACAACAGAAGAAAGGCAAACGCUCGCACCCUCGCGCUUUCCUUUAA